CCUGACGACUUUUCUGAGGAAGUGAAGGCAGCUCUGGGACUGCCUACUUUCAAUAACUGGUUGUAUACCGAUGCUCAACUACUCGGAUUGCUGCGUUUCGCAUUCCACGAUGUGAUCGGCCUCGAUCAGGAGCCAUGUUUUCUCAGCUCUGGAAUCUUAAAUGCUUGGAUUUGCGUCGUAUAUCGACGCUACAAUGAUGUACCAUUUCAUAACUUCAAACAUGCCUUUACAGUUGCCCAGAUGAUGUACUCUAUCAUCAAAUUGGCCGAUUUGGCAGCCUGCUUUAAUCAACUGGACCUCUUCGUGAUGCUCUUCUCAGCUGUCUGCCAUGACCUCGACCACCCCGGUUUCAACAACAAUUAUCAGGUAAACAUUCUGACUUUUCUUGCUUGCCUCCUCUUCCAACUCGUCUCGUUUGCAUUUAACCAACAGAUGAAUGCUCGAACAACACUUGGUUUGCGAUACAACGACAUCUCUGUGCUAGAAAAUCAUCACUGCGCCGUGGCAUUCGACCUUCUUCAUAGCCCUCUCACCAACCUCCUGGCCAGGAUGCCCACAGAGUCGCAACGUUGGGUACGACAGGCAGCCGUUCGGUGGGUCUCUAAGUGA